AAGGAAGAGCAAACGUGGAGGGAAGCUCUGCAGGGACAGGAAAACGGUCAAGGAAUUGACUACCGCGGCGCACCUGAAGAAGCACAAGAGAGGAUCAAAACAAUCGUUCUGGAAUCUGUGCAGCAAAAUGGUCGCGCCCUUCGGUACGCACCUGCAGAGUUACAAGAUAACACGCAAAUCG